AUGGCUCCAGGAGGCUUUCUGAGCAUAGCCUUACGCAGAAAUGCCGGGUCUCGCGCUCUGGCUUUUACCUUGCCUACUAGUGAUGGAGGACACAAGGUUCUCCUCCCUUCCACCGAAAACGUUCAGGUCAGAUUCAUAGACAUUACUAUGUUCGCUGCCGACAUGGGUGUAACGAACGUCCCGAACGAUCACGAAGAAGCCCAUAAUUUCCUUCCACGAGCGUUUACCCAAGACAAAAGAAUGUUCGACCUUGCAAUUUGCGACGCYCAAGUCCUUCGCACUCAUGCUCGGGCGUCAUAUCGAGAGGCGCGAGAAGCAAGCAGACUAACGACUACUCAGCUUGCACUUGGUCUCGGAAACCUCAAAGAAGGCGGAACAAUGAGCGUGCUCUUACACAAAGUUGAGGCGUGGAGGACUGUUCGCCUACUCCAUCAAUUCAGCAAGUUCUCGAAUGUGAGACUGUUUAAGCCGCUAAAAGCGCACACCACUCGAUCCUCAUUCUACAUGGUUGCGUCUCACAUUCGUCCUUUGCACAUUGAAGCGGUUCGGGCCACAGAAGAAUGGAGGCGAACGUGGAAGCUAGCGACAUUUGGGACAUAG